AAAUCAGUACAUUCACACAACCGAGAUCCCUAUAUGGCACCGCGGUUGUGUCAAGGCUCAGUCCGGCAGAUUCCCUGGUUUCGCGAGUCUCCAACCAAGCGCGAUCGAUGAUGGGCCUACGUAGCGCCCAGCCACGUCAAUGCAACUCCACAUCACCCCAGCAACCGCAAUGGUCCCAGCCUCAUCUGUCGACUACCCGUGGUUGUACAUAUUCGCUACCGAUAUUCACGCUUCGCAUGCGGCUUCCCUCGUUUUUGACGCAUCGUAUUGCUAUCUGUUGAGGUGGUGAGCGCCGACCCCGCCUUCGCACUCGCACACCGUAUUCUCAGCCGCCAACCAUGUCCGACGACCCAUCGCGCCGCCGCCCACACGGCGACGAGCGCAGACGCAGACGCGAAUCUCAGGGCGAGGACCGGGAACGCGGAGCACGUAGGCCGAGGAGAGAAUCUCACACCGACGAUCGGGAUCGCAAACCUCGCAAGGAGUCGGAAUCGCGCAACCCCUACGAGCAGGAAGGGCGACGACGGAAGGGCCAUCGCGCUACGGACUCACAGGGCGAUUUGCUGCCCAGACCGUCCCGCCAGCAAAGCGAUUCGGAAUGGGACUCUUCCACACCACGCAAGUCGCGAAAUUCGCGGCGCAAUUCGACGACGGACGGAAGUUCGGGUCGCGCAUCUGCCCAGCUGAGUCUCGAUGCGCUGGCGAAACUGGACAAGGCGAAUGCGAAGAAGGCGACUGGGUGGGGCGCGUAUGAUUAUGACGAGGAGUACCUGCGGGAAGUGAGGCGGAAGGAGAAGAUGCUCGAGAAGAAUCGAGUGCAAGGGGAGAGAGCAAACAAGAAAAAGGAUAUGAAGAAAGAAGAGGAGAUGAGACGUGCGGCAGAGAGCGACGCGGCGCUGAAAGAAGAGGAAGCGAGGCGGAAGAGAGAGGAAAGACGCAAGGCAAGGGAGAGCAGAAGGGCGCAGACGGACGACGAGAAGGAGAAGAGGAGAAGCGCACAAACGGAUGAUGAGCGGGAAGAGAGGAGAGUCAAGUAUGCAGCCACGGCGACGCCGUCCGAGCGCGACGUCAAGAGGGAGAAGAGGCGACAGGAGAAACAGCACAGGACUGAGCAGAAGAAGCGGCGUGUCGUGAGCGGUCCAUUGGCAGAGGAGGGCGGCAUUGACGACGACGAGUACCAGUACAUGAUGGAAAAGCGUGGUGGCGCAGGCUCGAGUGUGCCUACGGUCUACACAGAGGAAGAGCUAGCGAAGAGGAAGAAGUGGAAGCGCAUCAUCAUUGGUGUCGUCUCGGCCGUCAUCGUUCUCAUCAUCAUCGUCGUCGUGGCGGUCCUAGUGUCGAAAAAGAGCAGCACGCCUGCAUCGUCAUCGUCGUCGUCGUCUGCUAGCACUGGAGGUGGCUCAAAGAGUAACCUGGAUGGCAAAGACCCCAACAGCGUGCCCACAGCAGACAAGGGCGGUAUCUUGGACCCUUGGUCCUGGUACGACACCACCGACUUCAACGUAACCUACACCAGCGCAACCGUCGGCGGACUACCCAUCAUGGGCUUGAAUUCUACAUGGAAUGACGAUGUUCAGGCAAACAGCCAUGUACCCAACCUGAAAGAGUCGUUCAAAUAUGGCACCAUGCCUAUCCGCGGCGUGAACGUGGGCGGAUGGCUGAACAUAGAACCCUUCAUCACGCCCUCUUUCUUUUCAUCUUACGGCUCCAAAGACAACAUCGUCGACGAAUGGACACUAACCACCAAACUCGGAUCAGCAAGCAAAUCCACGCUCGAAAAACACUACGCCACCUUCAUCACCAAGCAGACGUUCGCCGACAUCCGCGCCGCCGGGAUGGACCACGUACGCUUCCCCUUCGGCUAUUGGAUCGUCCAAGUCUACGACGGCGACCCGUACGUACCCCAGGUCGCAUGGCGCUACCUCCUCCGCGGCAUCGAGUACUGCCGCCAAAACGGACUCCGCGUCAACCUCGACCUCCACGGCGCGCCGGGCAGCCAAAACGGAUGGAACCACUCCGGCCGACAGGGCGUAAUCGGGUGGCUCAACGGCACAGACGGCGACACAAACGCUCAACGCACCCUCGACAUCCACCACAAACUCUCCGUCUUCUUCGCACAACCGCGCUACAAAAACGUCGUCACAAUGUACGGCCUCGUCAACGAGCCGCGCAACGUCGAGCUCGACACGGCGAAAGUCGUCGCCUGGUCGCAGAAAGCUAUCACGCAGGUGCGCGCGGACAACAUCACAGGCAUCAUCGUGUUCGGCGACGGCUUCAUGGGUUUGGAUAACUGGCAGGGCAAACUGCAGGGAAACAAAAACGUGCUCCUCGACGUACAUCAAUAUGUUAUCUUCAACACAGACCAACUCUCCCUCAAACACCGCGAUAAACUAAACUUCGCGUGCGAGGCCUGGACGCAGCAGUCGCUCCGUAGCAUGGACACGACGACGGGCUUCGGGCCUACGAUGUGCGGCGAGUGGAGCCAGGCUGACACGGAUUGCACGCAGUACAUCAAUAACGUCAACAGGGGCACGCGCUGGGAAGGCACUUUCGACACGGGCAACGCGUCUUCCAGCGUGCUUGUGCCGCAGUGUCCCGAGGAGGGGAAAUGCGACUGUGGCCCUGCUAAUUCUGAUCCGAGCACUUACUCCGACGUGUACAAGAAGUGGCUGUACCAGUUUGCGAUUGCGCAGAUGGAUAGUUUCGAGGCGGGGUGGGGAUGGUUUUACUGGACGUGGGAGACGGAGAAGGCUACGCAGUGGAGUUAUCGCCGUGGUAUUGCGGCGGGUAUUCUGCCCAAGACGGCGUAUGAUCGUGAUUGGACGUGUCCGAGCGAUGCUACUAAACUGGAUAGCUUUAGUGGGUUGGAGGAGUAUUAUUGAGGGGCGAGUGUGUGGUGGGAGGCGCUGGAACUUGGACGUUGCUGUGGUGUGGUUGUGUUGUCUGAGUGAGUAUGAGGAGCGGGUGUGUAUCGGUGAGUUGGGGUUUGCGCGCUGUGCUUGCUCGCAGUAUGUAUGUUGUAUGAAGAACGACAAUGACAUGACAAGAAGAUGGAGAGAGAAGAGGGGAGGAGAUGAACGCUGUGUUGUACCGUGUGAGAGACGAAUCGGCUCGAUAAAAUAUAUAGAUAAUCGCAUAUGCAUAUAUAGACAGGGAGAUGGGUAGAUGGAUAGCUUUACGAUUCCCAACAUACACAAAGUGAAAAUGUGUAGGUAGCAAUGAGGAAUAAAAC